AUGAAGUUCUCAUGGAAUCUGAUAGUUCUAUCAGCACUAGUGGUUUUAGUCAAAACAGAUUUUCCGCUUGACAUUGAGGAACCUCUGGUUUUUAAUAGUGCUGCAGAUGAAUACUAUCGUAUUCCUGAAGAUCUUGAUCCUAUUCACUUCGAUAUAGAAAUUACACCUUACUUUGAAGCUACCAGUAAUAGAGAAGCAUUUACCUUCGAUGGAAUCGUUACGAUAACUGUUGGGGCCGUCCUUGAUAAUGUCACUACAUUGGUCAUUCAAGAAAACGUCAAAGAAAUAAAUUCAGUAACUAUUAAAGAUGAAGCCGGCGAUGUGGUACCUUUGAAUGCAGACAAUGAAUUUGAAAGAAUUCGUGAAUACCAUUUUUUAAAAAUUUACUUGAAAGAUGGAACUUCGUUGAUUAAAUCUAAAAUCUAUAAGGUGACUAUAUCAUAUGUGGGAAAUAUUAAUGAAACCCCACUCUCUAGAGGUGUUUUCAGAGGAAGCUAUAAAGACAAUGAUGGGAAACUUCAUUGGUAUGUAGGUUCUCAUUCGCAACCUACGAAUUCAAGGCAAGCAUUCCCUUGUUUUGAUGAGCCCGGAUUCAAAUCCUCAUUUAACAUUAUCAUUAAUCGACCAGCUCAUUUUACUGAGACUUUUUCAAACAUGAGGAUAAAAAGCCAAACACGGGAAGGAGAUCGUGUUAGAGAAGUUUUUCAUACUACACCAAUAAUGUCUGCAUAUUUGGUUACUUUUCACAUCAGCGAGCAAUUUAAAGUGAUUGCUAGCAACAGUGAUCCAAAUGAGUCAUACCGUAUUAUUGCACGACCUAAUGCAGAAGGUCAAGGGGCUUAUGCUUUGGAAGUUGGCCCACCCCUGACAAAGUGGCUUGAGAAAUAUUUUGGUAUAGAUUACUAUACAAUGGGUGAGAAUAUGAAAAAUGAUCAAAUUGCUUCCCCGGAUUGGGCGUCUGGUGCUACAGAAAAUUGGGGACUUGUUUCAUAUAGGGAACUUCGUCUCCUUUAUCAAGAAGGGGAAACGAAUGCUCUGGAUAAAAUGAGCAUUGGCACUAUAACAGCUCAUGAGCUUGCUCACAAGUGGUUCGGCAACCUCAUAACCUGUAGAUGGUGGGACAACGUUUGGAUCAAUGAAGGCUUUGCUAGCUACUUUGAGUACUUUGCGAUGGAUGGUAUUGAUCCAUCUACGGAAUUGGCGAAUCAGUUUAAUAUAUUAGCAUUACAAGGUGCGCUGUCUACUGAUUCCUCCGCUGCCACAAGAGCCUUAGAGCACACAGUUAACUCUCCAGCUCAAGUUACUGGACACUUUUCUGGAAUUAGUUACACCAAAGGAGCUUCCUUCCUCCUAAUGUUGAAACACUUGAUUGGAGAAAAUACAUUUAAAAAGGCCUUAAAUUAUUUCCUUUUGGACAGGUCUUACGAGCACGCAUACCCUUCACACUUAUUCAGUGCCUUCGCCAAAGCGGCGCAAGAAGACAAUGCUAUAAAUAGUUUCCUAAGUAUUGCCGAAAUUAUGAGAUACUGGGUGGAACAGCCGGGAUAUCCAGUAAUCAACGUUAAUGUUAAUAUGAACACCGGCUUAAUGACUGUGACGCAGGAGCGCUUUUUCAUCAGCGCAUCGGCCUCUAAGACUGAACAAGUGUGGCCCUUGCCUCUUACAUACACUGCUGGCAACAAUCCUGACUGGGAAAACCUGACUCCGAGCAUUGUCAUGAUUAACAGGACCAUAGAAAUUGCGAAGGGACAAGGGCAUGAAUGGGUUAUAUUUAACGUUCAACAGAAAGGUUUCUAUCGAGUUAACUAUGACACGCAUAAUUGGGAAAUGAUCGCCGAUGCACUCAAACAAUACGAUUAUUCGUCAAAUACGACUAUUCACCAAUUAAACAAAGCACAGAUAGUCGACGACGUCUUUGCCUUAAUGAGAUCUGAACGCAUCAGCUUUGAACUUGGCUUCAAGAUACUAGACUUUUUGAAAGAGGAGACCGACUACUACUCUUGGUAUCCAGCGAUCACUGGUUUCAGCUGGAUAAGGAACCGAUUCCUGCACUUACCAGAGACUUUGAAGGAAUUCGAUGAAAUACUCUUCAAAUUCCUCGAAGCUGCCAUCGCCGAUGUGGGCUAUGAUGUAAAACGUGAGGAACAUUUAACGAGAACCCUCAACAGGUUCUACCUCCUCAAUUUUGCAUGCAGUAUCGGUCAUGAUGGUUGCGUAAGCGAUUCUAUCGCCAAGUUCAGCGCUCUGAUGAUUAAUGGUACCAGUGUCAACCCUAACGUCAGAAGGCACGUAUUCUGUCAGGGUGUUCUCAACGGCGGGUUAAACGAGUGGCAAUUCCUAUACCUGAGGAGGCUGGCUUCCAAUAACCAAGCCGACCAGUCUGCUAUGCUCCGGUCUCUUGGUUGCACUACCAAUGAACAGGCUGUACAGGCGUACCUCCAAAUGAUCUUAAGUGACGAUCUCAAGGCCCAAGACAGUGUCAACGCUUUUACCUUCCUCUACAUUGGCAGUAGGAGUAACACAAAACACGCCCUAGAAUUCAUCAAAAAUAGACUUGAAGACGUCAGAAAAAAGGUUGUCCUGCCAGCCUGGUUCGAAAGCGUUUUAAGUAACCUGGCAAGCUACGCUCCUGAAGAUGUUCUUAAAGAUAUGGAGCAAUGGCUGUCUGACGAGUCUAUACCCGGCAGACAAGUUGGUUUGAGUGCUAUAGCCAGUGCAAGAACCAGUAUGCAAUGGGGUACUGACCGAGCACAUAAUAUUAUGAAGGCUGCCAGAGGUUCUGCAAUUGCCGCUACUCCAGCUUCACUAUUACUGUUAUUAAUAACUUCUAUUGCUUUAUUAUUGAGAUAAUAGGUUAAACCGCUA